GUGAACCUGUGAAUAAAAUCUGCUUUGCAGCCAGCCUGGGAUGGGCUGCCAUGUGAGGCAGCAGACUGGAAAGUUUGCUGUAAGCAAUGGCUGUUGUUGCAAUGGCCUCCAAGCCAGCCAGGGUGGCCAGGCUGUCCAGCAUCUUUAACUGCAAAAGCAGGGGCAGCCACCCACCAACGCUCAGUAUGGUGAUUGAAGCGCUGAAGGCCCAGAACGAGAGGAAGGGCACCUCGGUCAUUGCCAUCAAGCGCUAUAUCCUUACCAAGUACCCGGCCGUGGACUCAAUCCGGUUGAAAUACCUGCUGAAAAAGGCCCUGACGAAGGGCCUUAAGGAUGGGUGCCUGGUGAGACCCCAGAACUCCUCUGCUUUGGGGGCCACAGGAAGGUUUAAGUUAGCACCUGAGAAGCCCAAGCUUAAAAAAACAUCGGGAAAGCUGGAUCCAGCAGAAGGAAAGGGCCCCAGACCAGGGAAACCAGGAGCAAAAAAACCCAAAGCAGCUGCUGGGAAAGCUGGCAAUAAAGGAGAUGCAAUGGAGGGGAAACCCAAAGCUGAGAGCAAGAAACCUAAGGCCAAACUUGCCGCUGGCCGGCAGAAAGCUCCGGGGAAGCCAAAGAGUUCUGAUGGCAAAGCGAUGCCGGCAAAGAAGCAGCCGCGUGCCAAAGAGGGGUCUCGAGGGAAAGCAGCCAGUGAGGCAAAGAAAGCUGCCACAAAAGAGAAGAUGGUCCCAGGAGGGGAUGACCCUUCGAAAGCGGAGGCAGGAGACCAGAGGGCCACUACCUCCUCCAAAGCCAAGGCGGCUCCUAGGCCGAAGAAGCCUACAAAACCCAAAGAGACAAAGGCUGAGAAGGCACCAGCCAAAGCCAAGGCAGCUCCUGGUGCCAAGAAAACCACUGUGAAGGGGAAGGGAGAGGCAAGGGGCACUGAGAAAGGCAAAGGGAAGAAGAGGGAGGCUGUCCCAGGUGCUCAGUCUGGCAAAGAGAGAGAGGAUGCAGAAGGCAAAUCCACCAAAGCUGGCAGCAAGCCUGGCAAGAAAGCAGGCUAGAGUCUCCUGACUCCGGAAGUACUCUUGGGAAAUGCUUGGACAAUGGCUGCC